AUGAGCGCUGGAGGCCGCAAUGCGCCGCUGUCUCCAGUCUCUAUAGGCGGAAGCGAGUGGUCAUUUUCCUCCAAGGUGCCGCCUUCUGCAGACGACGUCGGUCCGUAUUCCGCCGUCAACAGCGGUCGUGGCAACCUUGCCUCGCCUCCCCAUUCAGGAGGCUCCAACGGGGCCAUGAGCAUGAAUGGCUUCCCCUCUGGACCGCGGAGCAAUGGCGGGCCAUCGCCGCCGCCCUCCAUCGGCCGAUCCAGCAUCGGCACCAACAUGUAUUCGAGCAGAAGCGAGGGCAACCGCAACAGCACCCGCACCGACAUCGACGAUUCCGUAUUGAACGAACACUACAUCGCCCUCAGGGCCUUUCUCAACGCCCGCGAUCCGGGCAGCAGGCAACAGCCCAACAAGGCCCGCGACAAGCUACUGCGCCUUUCGUCGGUGCAGUUCUACGAGCUAAGCACCGAUGUCUACGACGAGUUGAUGCGUCGCCAGGCCACGGCUCGGGCUCCGCCAAACGCCCCCAAUGCGCCUCCCGCUUUUCUCCUGCCCGAAAAGUCGUUCCACCCCAAGCGAAACCAGGCCCGCCAGAGGCUGUCGUCGCUUGGCCCUCCGCGAUUUAGGGACCUCGCGGCCGACGUCUUCCACGAGCUCGAGCGGCGAUUUCCCCAGUUUGUAGGAGGUGACCCCAUUCCCCGAGUUGGCAGCGCCAUGUCGAUGCGCGGCGGCCCCAUGAGGACGGGCACGCCUGCCAACGGCAACAUGUUCCCGCCUCGUGGCCAGAGCCGGAUGCGGAGACCCUCGGAUGCCAGCUCGAUCCGUGGCCCGCCUCCGCCAGAUGGCUACGGGAUGCCCCCGUCCCCCAACAUGCCGAACGGCGAAUUUGGGCGGCCGAUGCCUAAGCAGCUGAAUCAAAACAACACAAUCGUGCCAAACAAGAGCACCAUGGUAGAGGAGGACGAUGAGAACGGCGAAGAGGGGCUGGACGGGCUUGGCAUGGCACGCAAAGGCGGCAAGCGCAGUGAAGCGGAUGAGAAGGCGAUUGGGGACUAUGAAAUCCAGGUCAAGGACCUGCGCGGAAAACUUGACAGUUUAGAAGACGCCAUGAGGAAAAAGGACGAGGAGAUGAACAGCAUCCUGGACGGGGAGCGUUCGCGAGCGACGGCCGCCAACAUGGAAAAGAAAGAGUGGGGAGAUGUUCGACUGAACCUGGAGAACAAGUUGGCGGAGGCGCAGAGUCUCAACAAAUCGAUCAAAGACGAGCUCGAGCGUGUGCGAGACGACCACGACAAGGAAGUCCGCGAGCUCCGCGACGAGCUGGCCGAGAUGCAUCAAGGGUCAAGGGGCGGGCCCACUGACCCUGAACUGCAACGAGAGAACGACGAACUGCGCGAAUCCUUGCGGCAGCAGCAGGCGGUCACGGAAGAGGUCCGGCAGGAAGCCCAGCAGUUUUUGACGGAGAUGCGCACUCUUUCUCAGCAAAGCAGCUCGACAUAUGAAAAGCAAGCCGAGAUGGAGCAGACGAUCGAGCGGCUGGAGAACGAGGUCCGAGAAUGGAGAAGCCGGUACGCCCGUGCCAAAACCCAGGUGCGCAGCAUGCGGGCCUCUUCUCUCGGCCUCACGACGGAGCCAGGCGUCGCACAUUUCGUUCGCGACCGGGGUUUCAUCGAGGAGAACGGGCUCAUCAAGGACGUGCACGUCACCCAAUUCCAGAUCGCCAUCGACGAACUGCUUCAAACCGCGCGAAAGGAGGCGCCCGACAAGGUGACCGAUGCUAUGAAGCUGGUCGUGGUCAGCGUCCGUCGCAUCACCAAGGAUCUUGACGAGUCGGCUCCUCGCGGCGACGACGAGCAAGCCCAGCAACACGUCAAGCUUAAGGCCAAGGUGUCCUCGACCGCCAAUGGGCUCAUCACGGCAUCGAAAAACUUUAGCGCCGGAGCCGGGCUGUCUCCCGUCUCCCUUCUCGACGCAGCUGCAUCACACCUCAGCAACGCGAUCAUCGACCUGCUUGGAACGGCGAAAAUUCGAACCACUCCUGCCGGUGAGCUAGAGGAAGAGGACGACAGGUCCCUGACGCCCGUGGACUCUACUGCCUUUUUCUCGCCUCGCAGCCCGACCGAGGCAUCGGCGCAGGACAGUCUACCUCCGCCACCGCCGUUCCAGGGCCUAGGGGGAGUCCGGGCGAGCGCCGAGUCAUCGGCGUACAGUCCCAUCAGCUCCCCCCGAGAAUCCAUCGACCCGUAUCCCGGAUCUGGCGUCAACGGCUUGGCCAACGGUGGCGGCUACAUGGGCUAUGACAAGAGCCAGGCAACAAGCUCUGGAGGAUAUGGACUACAGCGGCGCGACAGCCGAGCUGCAGACCUCAAGGUAGCUAGCUACGGCACCUAUACGUACGGCUCCUGA